GCCCCGCGCGCGUACGUACGUGUGUAUAUAAACUAGCCGCGAGAGUAGCUAGCUACUUCACGAGCAAGUCGAUCGGUCGAGCAGUGUGGCCAGCCCAUCACAUCAUCAAGUCGAUUGCAAUUGCAAUAAUACUACUAGCUUGACGCCGGCGUUGGGGGUGCGGGCGACGUGAUGUCCAAGGUAGUGUGCAUGACCAUGGUUUCUUCCGAUCCCAAAAGAUCGUGAUCAAGCUGGGCGUACCCAACGCCAAGAACCGGUCUAAGGCCAUGCAGCUGGCAUCCAAAUUUGUCGGGGUGAGCAAGGUGGGGAUCACCGGCGACGGCAAGGACCGGCUGGAGGUGGAAGGAGAAGGCGUGGACACCGUCCUCCUGGUCAACUACCUGCGCAAGAAGGUCUGCCGCAGCGCUGACAUCGUUAAGGUGGAAGUGAAGGACAAGAAGGACGAGAAGAAACCGGAAGAGCCGCCGUAUUAUUGCUGGCCCAAUUACUACUACUGUCCGCCGCCGCCGCCGCCGCUGCCCAUGGUCGAGCGAGCCGACGACAGUUGCCACGUCAUGUGAUAAAGCUACUUACUAUUCGAGAUAUAUGUUUCGGUAGACGUAUUACGUAUACUAUAUCAUAUGAGCAUAAUAAUGAAGUACUCAUAUCAUCACUUAGCUUGCUAUAUAUAUAUGCAUGCAUGUAUCGUCUACGCACGUAAAGCCAUCGUUGCAUGACAUAUCAUGCAGUUCAUAUUUGCCAAUGUAAUCACACACGUAUAUAUAUACUCCCACUGUUAAGAGGUAAAAUUUCCAUUUUUUUUAAUCUGGUCAUCAGUGCAAUCUGCAUGGUCUAAUGUCAUCCUGUCCACUCUCGCUCACCACCACCCGCUCCACGGGCGCCGACUCCCCGGUCUUCCCGCACACUCGAAUCAGAGGGCAACGAAGGCGACGCAGGAGCUCCCGAGAGGCCGGCGAGGAAAUCUCCGAACACGUCGUCAAGGACGGCCAGUCGGAAUCAGAAUCAAACCCAAAUUAAAGCCAAGACCCCAGCUCGGUCGGACCUGCAGGAAAGUUCCUCUGGUAGGUUUGAAUGACACGAACUCCUUUCUCUCUUUGUUUUUAUCAUUUUUAUAUCUGAAACUUAAAUUAAAAGAUGUCACUGUGAGCACCUGAACUCGCCGGACAUGAAACUGUAACUCUUUAUAAGAUAUUUAUUUGGAUA